UUUGUAAACAUGAUGACGUCACUGAUUUUAACUAUAGCUUUUAUUUAUUACAAUGGGUAAAAAAUAUAAUUUUUUAACAAUAAUUCUUCUGUAUUUCGGAUUUGCUUAAAAAUCAACUUCACCAUAUUUUGAAAUUCGAUUCAAUUUCGCCAUCAGGCUUGCGAUUUAUUAAUUAGUAACUCAAAAUGGGAUCUUUUACGUCACGCAAACGUAAAAUUGAAAUAUCCUCGAGUAGUUUACCAACCAGCUCCAUGUCUGAAGUAACUUCUGGAAUCUCCACUGAAGGCACCAUUUCAUUAACAGAGGAAAAAAAGAAGUCUAAAUUAAAGUUGAGAAAGAAGACUCGCGAAAAAUCCAAAGGCUCUGGUAAAUCGGAUCGUGCGCGUUCACCAUCUCCUCGGGGUGCCACAGGUGGCGCGAUGUCUUCCGAAGCGUCCGUAACCAACGCCAGUGAAACCUCUGAUACGUCGGGUCGCACGUCUCCAGGAUCUCCUCCAGGUGCUGUAGGUGGCACGCUGUCUCCCAAAAAGUCCAUGUCCAACCUCAUUGGAACCUCUGAUGUCACGAAGUCUAGGCCUCCAGUACCCCCUCCUGUUACUAGGGGCAACGUAAGAUACAUCAAAGAUGAUCACACGGAAAUGUGGAGGUACGACGUCGAGUUACGUUUAUACAUGGACAUCGAGCAGUUUUGUACGAAGGAACCGGAGACGGGGGCCACGAAGUACACGGAUAAAGAUUUUACAUUGCAGGUUGCCUUUCCGGAAAAGAAGGAAGGUCUGAAGUGGCUAAGGCCUGAGGUAAAUGUUGAUAAGAUUAUUCAUCGUAAUGCAUGUGUAUUGAUUCGUAAGACCGGCCUCGGUGGCGUAGUGGUUUAGUCAUCGGACUACAGGCUGGUAGGUACGGUAGGUUCGCAACCCGGU